AUCUCUUUUUCCUAGAUGAUUCUUAAGUUGACAUUGUUGACGCUUUUGUUGGUGAGCACAGCGGCUGCGGGAUCCCUAUGGAAAUGUGCACGUACAGGGGGGACGCAAGGCUUCACUGACGCAACCCGUUGCAUAUGGUGCACGUGCACGGAGAAUGGAUACUUUGAUUGUCGCAACUUGUGUGAGGCCAGAUUUCCUUUUGCCAAAGUUCCGGUUUCAAACCUGGCAAAAAUUUUAAGACGGCGUUAUGAUACACCCCCACCACUAACUACCACAACUAAAGGUACCACAAACUCACCACCACCGUACACGACACAGACACCACCUCACCCAGGUACAACGAAAGGCCCAACAACGCCCACAACUACCAAAGUAAACCACCACACUCGGUCGCCACCACCACCCAAAUCAGUGGUUGGAUAAACAAUUGUGAUUUUUGUGUGAACUUUUUGAA